AUGGCGCAGAAGCGCACCCCGCAUCUAGGGGUGUGGCACGCCACCCAGGGAGAGGGCACUCCAGGGAGUAUGCCCCUCCUGCCAGCCAGGUCAGUGCCAAAGAACUACCAGCAUAACUUGGCCUUGGCAUUUGGAGUAAAAGAGAUCAAUGAGAAUCCCAAUCUCUUACCUAACAUCACGUUGGGUUUCCAAAUCCUUAACAGCUACUAUGUUCCAUGGAUGACCUACAAAGCCACCCUGAGCUUGCUUUCCACACAGUGGAAGUUUGUGCCCAAUUUCAAGUGUGAUAGAAAAAACAAACUCAUAACAAUCAUUGGAGGACUUACCGCAGACAUUUCGGUGAAUACUGCUACUAUCAUUUCCAUCUACAAGAUGCCACAGCUCACUUAUGGAAUAUUUUCCCAAGAACAUGGUGAUGAAAUACUGUUUCCUUAUCUGUAUGAGAUGGUCCCAAAUGAAGGCUCUCAAUAUAUAGGAGUUGUUUGUUUACUUCAGCAUUUUAGAUGGACAUGGAUUGGGCUUGUAGCUGGGGAUGAUGAUGAUGGGGACAGAUUUCUGGAAACCAUGGUACCAAUCCUUACUGAGAAUGGCAUCUGUUUUGACUUUGCUGUAAGAUUGCCCAAACUAGCUUAUCUGCAGGAAACAAUAGACUUGCUUUAUGAGCAAGGGAAUAUUUUCACAAUUCACAAUAAGACCAAAGCUAAUGUAUAUUUUGUAUAUUCAGUACCAGCAGCUGUGUUUGCUUUGAGAAUGUUACUAUUUCUAGCACCUUUGGUUGCUUUGCCACCUGCACAUAAAGUUUGGAUUCUUACAUGCCAAUGGGAUUUUGCAUCGUUUUCCUUCGAAAAGAAUUGGGACAUAGAAACUUUCCAUGGUGCCCUAUCCUUCACAGUGCACUCCAAGCAGCCACCUGGAUUCCAAGAAUUCCUUCAGGAUGUCAAUCCUACCUGGGCAAAAGGAGAUGGUUUCAUGAAGAACUUCUGGGAGCAGGCAUUCAGUUGUUCACUGCAAAAUUCAGAGGUACUCAAAGACAGCAACACAAACUGCACUAGUGACGAGAAGCUAGAAAGCAUUCCAAUGAUUUUGUUUGAAAUGAGCAUGAUGGGCCACAGUUACAAUGUCUACAAUGCUGUUCAUGCUGUGGCACAUGCUUUACAUGGCAUCUACAUAUCCAGAUCCAAGCAUCGAAGACUUGUAGAAGGAGAGAAUGUGCACCCUUGGCAGAUCCAUCAUUUUCUGCGGAGUAUUGUGUUCAAUAACAGUGCUGGAGACACUCUGUGUUUCCAUGAAAAUGGAGAACUGAAAACUGAAUUUGAUGUAACAAACUGGGUAACGUUCAAGAACGGCUCUUUUGCUAGAGUAAAAGUGGGACGAUUGGAUCCCUGGGCUCCUGCAGGGAAAGAGUUAACCCUUAAAGAUGAGCAAAUUGUGUGGCAUAAAACUUUUACCCAGGGCUGGCCUGUUUCGGUGUGCAAUGACCCCUGCUAUCCUGGUUCCAGUAGGAAAAAGAAGGAAGGAGAGCAAUUUUGCUGCUAUGCUUGUGAUCCAUGUCCAGAAGGAAUGAUCUCUGAUCAGAUGGACAUGGAUGCCUGCAUUAACUGUCCGCAAGAUCAGUUUCCCAACAAACACCAAAGUCAGUGUGUUGACAAGGUCAUAAGCUUCCUCUCGUACAAAGAACCUUUAGGGAUCAUCUUGGCCCUGUUGGCUAUUUCUUCUUCACUAAUCACAGCUUUGGUAUUCACAAUCUUUUUGAAGCAUCAAGACACCCCCAUUGUCAAAGCCAACAACCAGAACCUCUCCUACAUUCUCCUUAUUUCCCUCCUUCUUUGUUUCCUCUGCUCCUUGCUCUUCAUUGGGCAGCCUGUAAAAGUGACCUGCCUUCUCCGGCAAAUGACUUUUGGCAUCGUCUUCUCUGUAGCCCUUUCCAGCAUAUUAGCCAAAACCAUCACUGUGGUUCUGGCCUUCAUGGCUACAAAACCAGGAUCUAGGAUGAGGAAAUGGGUGGGGAAAAGAUUGGCAAAUUCAAUUGUCCUUUCUUGUUCGUUUAUUCAAGCAGCUAUUUGUACUCUUUGGCUAAGUACGUCCCCUCCGUUUGAAGAUCGGGACAUGAACUCACUAAGGGGGGAAAUCAUACUGGAAUGUAAUGAGGGCUCAGCUGCCAUGUUUUACUUUGUCCUGGGCUAUAUGGGCUUUUUGGCCAUAGUCAGCUUCACAGUGGCUUUCCUGGCCAGAAAGUUACCUGACAGCUUCAAUGAAGCCAAAUUUAUCACCUUCAGCAUGCUGGUCUUUUGCAGUGUGUGGGUGACCUUUGUUCCAACCUACCUGAGCACUAAGGGGAAAUCCAUGGUGGCCGUGGAGAUCUUCUCCAUCUUGGCUUCAAGUGCUGGUUUGCUGGGGUGCAUUUUUUCCCCAAAAUGCUACAUCAUUGUACUGAGGCCGGAACUGAACAACAGAGAACAGAUAAUAAGGGGGGAAAUUUAA